AUGAUCUUUUUUGAAUUUUAUUUCCGUACUAUUGGCAUCCACACCUACAAGGACAUGGUCAAGUACUGUAGUUAUUAUGAUAAUAACAAUGAAAAGGACAUAUUUCUACAGAAAGCCGAGAGAAAGUCUUUUAAGUGGUUGUGUAUAAAUAUCAGUGGGUCCAUCCGCAACGAUCAUUUAGUAAAAGAAAGUUUUUCGGCUAACACGCAUCUACUUAACAGUGAUAUUUCGUCAGAUAAAAAAUAUUUUAAAAUAACAAAACAAUUGAGAUUCAUUUGUGCGCAAAACAGAUCAGUGACUUUUGAAAUGGAAGCUAAAGAAUUUAAGGAGUUCGCAAAAGCGACUGUUGACAAGAUCGUUGAUUACAACGAAAGUUUGAGGGAUAGAAAGGUCUUGCCUGAUGUCGAGCCAGGAUACUUAAGCAAAUUGAUUCCCGAAGAGGCCCCUCAAAAAGGUGAAUCGUGGCAAGACGUAUUCAGUGAUAUCGAGCGAGUUAUUAUGCCGGGUGUAACACAUUGGAACUCACCACGUUUUCAUGCAUAUUACCCGACUGCUAAUUCAUAUCCAGCAAUUGUGGGUGAAUUAUUGAGCGCUGGGAUCGGAGGUGUCGGAUUUUCAUGGAUCGCAUCCCCGGCUUGUACGGAAUUAGAAGUUGUUACGAUGAAUUGGCUCGGGAAAAUGCUGGGAUUGCCCAAGGAAUUUCUCAACUGCAGUGAAGGACCUGGUGGCGGAGUUAUUCAGGGAUCGGCAAGUGAAGCAACUUUGGUUGGAUUGCUGGCAGCCAAAGAGCGCAUGGUGAGACACAUCAAGAAAGAAAACCCAGAUAUGGACGAAGGGAUAAUAAAAUCCAAAUUAGUCGCCUACACUUCGAACCAAUCUAACUCUUCGGUGGAAAAGUCAGGGCUACUCGGCUCGAUGCCAAUGAGAUUGUUGCCAGUAGACGAGAAAUGCAGCCUCCGUGGCGCGACUUUAUUGGAAAUGAUGAAAAAAGAUCGGGAGGCUGGAUUGAUUCCUUGUUAUAUUGUUGCUACUUUAGGAACUACCGGUACCUGCGCAUUUGAUAACUUGGAAGAAAUAGGACCGAUUUGCAAAGAGAACAACAUUUGGCUUCACAUUGACGCUGCUUAUGCGGGCGCUGCUUUUGUGUGUCCCGAGUACAGACACUUGAUGUCUGGAAUUGAGUACGCUGACUCGUUCAAUUUCAAUCCACACAAAUGGCUUCUCACUAAUUUCGAUUGCUCUGCGCUUUGGGUUAAAGACUCCAGAAGUCUCAUCGAGGCUUUCAAUGUCGAACGAAUUUACUUAACGCACGACAAGGAGGGUUUAUGUCCAGAUUAUCGCCACUGGCAAAUUCCAUUGGGAAGACGUUUCCGUGCUCUGAAGCUCUGGUUUGUCUUGCGUUUGUACGGAAUUGAGGGUCUUCAGGAACACAUCCGGCACUCGAUAAACUUAGCCAAGAGAUUCGAGUCUCGAGUUCAGUCUGACGAGAGAUUUGAAAUCGUCACUGAACGAUCGAUGGGUCUCAUUUGCUUCAGAUUGAAGGGAGAAAAUUCAUUAACGCGGGACCUCUAUGACCGCAUACUGAAGCGAAAACGCAUUUAUCUAACGGCAGCCACAUAUCAAGACCGAUUAAUCAUCCGGUUUGUUGUAUGCAGUCGUCUCUGUCUCGAGGAGGACAUUGAUUAUGCCUGGAAUGAGAUCACAAGCCAAGCUUCUGAAAUUAUCAAUUCCCAGACACAUCAAACGGGCAUCGAAUCCGCCGAAAAGCCUGUCAAAAAACUCGAACACUCGGGAAAACACCUGGGGGCCAUAACUGCCCGAAUCGAAGGCUUAAAUAUCAACAAAGCCAAAUUUUCUAAAGCAAUUGUUGAUAAAAUUGUCGACUAUAAGAAAACUUCAAGAACUAGAAAAGUAAUUCCUGAUGUUAAACCAGGAUAUCUUAGUAAACUAAUUCCAUUGGAGGCUCCUAAGAAUGGUGAAUCUUGGAAAAAUGUUUUUGAUGAUAUCGAACGAGUCAUUGUGCCUGGGAUGACGCAUUGGACAUCUCCAAACUUCUAUGGAUACUGUCCUAGUGCUUGUUCUUACCCAUCGAUAGUUGGAGAGUUUCUCAGCGCUGGAAUAGGAGGGAUUGGCCUUUCAUGGUUAACUUCGCCUGUUAUGACGGAGCUUGAAGCUGUUACAAUGGACUGGCUUUGCAAGAUGUUAGGAUUGCCAGAAGAGUUCUUAAAUAGCAACCAAGGUCCUGGUGGUGGAGUUGGAUCUGCAAGUGAAACAACUCUUAUCGCUUUGCUUACAGCGAAAAAUCGUAUGGUAAAACGUAUUAAAAAAGAUAAUCCAAAUAUGGAUGAAGAAUUGAUAAAAUCUAAAUUAGUUGCUUAUACUUCGAGUCAAUCCAAUUCGUCAGUUGAAAAGGCAGGAUUCCUCGGAUCAAUGAGAAUGAAACUGUUGCCUGUUGAUGAGAAAUGUAGCCUUCGUGGCGCAACUUUAUUGAAAGAAAUUAAAAAAGACCGAGAAGCAGGAUUGAUUCCUUGUUAUGUUGUCGCAACUUUCGGAACUACUGGUACCUGUGCGUUUGAUAAUUUAGAGGAAAUAGGACCAAUUUGCAAUGACAAUGAUAUAUGGCUUCACGUUGACGCUGCUUAUGCAGAUUCAUUUUCGUUGUUUCAAGUUCUCAUUUUCAUCACAGGAGCAGCUUUAAUAUGUCCUGAGUAUAGAUCCUUGAUGUCUGAUUAUCGUCACUGGCAAAUUCCAUUGGGAAGACGUUUUCGUUCUUUGAAACUCUGGUUCGUUUUAAGAAUUUACGGAAUUUCAGGUCUUCAAAAAUAUAUCCGUGACUCAAUAAGUCUAGCCCAGCAUUUUGAAUCUCUCGUCAAAUCCGACAGCAGAUUUGAAGUCAUUACUGAACAAAUACUAGGACUCGUUUGUUUUCGAAUGAAGGGAGAAAACUUUUUAACUCAAAGUCUACAUGACUGUUUAUGGGAAAGAAAAUUUAUUUUCUUGACUCCUGCCACCUAUCAAGACAAACUUAUUCUUCGGUUCCUCGCUUGCAGUCAAUCUACUAUCCAAACUGACGUAGAUUUUGCCUGGGCUGAGAUUAUCACAGCCGCUAAUAUGAUCAGUUCACAAAAUCUUUAUAAUAAGCUCUACAACGCCAAUUCUGUCGAUUUUGAUAAUUCAAAACAGCCUAAAAUUUCUAAUAUUAUCGAAAUUCUUUCAAAAUAUGAUUUUAAUUGCUCAUAA